AUGGCCCCAUAUGAGAUGUUGUACGGUAGAAAGUGUCGAACCCCGGAGUGUUGGGGAGAAGUGGGACCACGAGGAUUAGCAUCUACUGAUAUAAUUCGAGCUACGAAUGAGAAAAUUGAUAUGGUCCGAGCUCACCUAAAAGCAGCUCAGGAUCGACAAAAGUCGUAUGCGGAUAAGCGAAAUAGGCCUAUUGAAUUUCAAGUGGGCGAUAAAGUAAUGCUAAAAGUAUCUCCGUGGAAAGGAAUAAUACGGUUCAGAAAAAGGGGGAAAUUGAGCCCAAGAUUUAUUGGGCCAUUCAGAAUCACCGAACGGGUUGGUAAAGUAGCAUAUCAUCUUGAACUACCUGAUGAGUUGAGUGGGAUUCAUAACACAUUCCACGUGUCACAUCUCCGGAAAUGUUUGGCAGAUGAAACCGCUCGCAUUCACUAUGAUGAUAUCGAGGUGGAUACUAGUCUCAACUAUGUGGUUAACCCAAUUGCGAUAUUAGAUCGUAAGGAGAAGAGUUUGAGGAACAAGAUAAUUAACCAAGUGAAGGUUAAGUGGGAACACAGGAAGGGUGCGGAUACUACAUGGGAAUCCGAAGAAGAAAUGCAACGGCUCUACCCUUCAUUGUUUGGUACGUAA